AAGAGAAUAAAACAUAAAUAUCACCGAGUACAAGAGAUGCACACAAUUUAUCGACUUAUCAUUAAUGGUUUAUUAGAUUAAAGUUAGUUCCCAUAGAUUAACUAGUAACGUCCGCUUUCAGACCGCAUUUUAGCGUUGUAGUUUUGCCACCCUCCAGCAGAGGGCGCCGCUGGUCAUCCCAAUUUAACUAAAAACCGAACAAAAGGUCCAGUAGAGGAGGCUUAAAAACAACAUCCGACUUUUCUAAUACCAGAUUUAAUUUCCCAUUUUAAAGCGGGAGAAUGUAUUUUCCAAGCACAUAAUGCAAUUUUAUAACACAAUUAAGAAAUUACGUCACAUUCAGUUGCUAUAAAAAUGAAAUAUAACUUAAAAAAGAAAUUUGACGCCUUGAAAUUGGGAAUGUGUUUCUUCCUGCUCUUUCUGAGACUCGGCUUUCAGGAAGUCAUCACAACAAUGCUUCUCCAUUAUGCCGUUUACAACUGUUAGUUCUUAGAUUUGGAGUCAGCAGUAGUCUGUAUGAUAAACUCAGCAGACUUCAGUUCAGGCGUUUCCUAAUUGCUGCCACUUUUCCUCGCUUUCUUUACUUAAAAGGAAAUUACAAAUGACAGAAAAUAUUUUCUAAAUCUCAUUUAUGUUUCUAUCAUCCCUUCUGGGAGUUGAUCUGAAUUCAAAGGUUUUUACAAGCUGUAAAAACACUCGUCAAGCAAAAUGGCUGACGUCACUGAAAUAUGGGAACAAAAAGUGCAUUGGUUGAAAAAAAUGCAGAUUUUUCUCAAAUUAAAUCUUUAAAAAAUAAAAAUUGAUUAAUCUCCCAACUGAAACGUUUAGACAGAUGGAUGAUUUUUUUUUCUUUGUAAAAAACAGAGUUGCUAGUAACUAGUUACAGUUACUUGAGUAACUUUUUAAAAAUGUACUUUUAGGAGUUUUUUUUUUACUAUGCUGUACUUUUUACUUUUCAGUAAUUUUAUCAUGAAGUAUUUCUUCUCUUGAGCAGAAUUUCUGGAUUUUCUAUCCACUGAAUGAGAAACAAACAUGUUUGAACCAAAACUUCACCAGACUCAGACACACAGCUGCAGUUUUAAAGUUUCAUAAGUUUUUGUUCAAAGAAACUGAUGUGGAAACAAUUUUAUUUUGCCUGAUUUUAUUUUUUGUUAUGUAUAAAAAUUAUUGCCAUUUUGGUCCUUAAAAUAAAAAAAAUUCCACUUAACUUUACAUUUUGGCCCGUCUGAUGAUGUAAUUUUUAAAUAUUAGUUGAUUGAUAAUUUGAUCAAUUACUUAGUACUUAAAUAGACUUUUUACCAAAGAUUUUUUUACUCUUGAGUAAUUUCUCGGACGGCUACUAUUUACUUUAUACUUCAGUAAAAAUACGUUGAAGUGGUGCUGCUCUUUCUUGGGUCUAAUUUUUGGUUACUCUUUCCCCCUUUGGUAAAAACCAACAGCUCAGAGUUUUUCCACCAAGGGAAAGCCGUUCUUCCACAUCUUGCGUCCCCGCUGACAUCACGUCAACGUUGAUGUAAGUCCAACCUGAGCUAAAAAUAAACGCCAGAUCCACCGAGCCGAGACGAGCGGCGCUCCCAGAAUCCCUCAGGAAACUCUCAGCGUUCCCACUUGGACGUCAUCAACAUCCCAGUUGCCUAGCAUCUCCAAACAUCACUCACCAAGUUAACACCUUAAAAAAAAACAUUACAUAAUAAUAAUAAAACAGAAAUUACCCACAGCUUUCUUUAUCAUUGAAACCUGGGAGAAUCUGAUUUCUAGGAAGAUUUAAUCACUUUUAGCUCAAAGUUUGAGUGGAAAAUUGUGUCUAUUUUCUAAAUUUAACUGAGGGACUGGAAUACAGUCGGAACAAUAAUGUGUUUGGGUCGAUCUCCUGUCCUGCUACUCUUCUCCAUCCAUUCAUGACAGUCGAUACGUCCCAACUGAACUUCCCUGUGGGCAGGAUGAGGCGGGAUGAGGAGGAGGGCCAGAGAGAGAAACUGGUCCACCAUGACGGAAACAGUUUGAGGGAAGGGAGGAGCAGAACGAGUCUAUGAAAAGAGGAGGAGGGAGGGAAAAACUCAGCUGCAUCCAUCACUGCAUCCCUCCACACAGGCUGGCAUUGUUCCUCUCCUGAACCUGGGAAUACGAUCCAAGGCGGACAUGGACGCGGAUAAAUCUUCCUCUGACAAGUUGGUGCUCGAGUUUAAGGAAGACACCGAACUGACGGAGAUGAUGCGUCGUCGCGUCUCAUCCCUGCAGAAAACCGGCCAGAAGCGUCAGGACGGCGAGCGGCUGCUGCUCCCCCAUGAGGCCGUGCACCGCCUCGACUUCCCCCUGCAGGAGCUCAGCUUCUCCCGCUGGUACUUCUCCCUGUCGGGCCACGGCAGAGUCACCAUCACCGGCAUCUCCCAACACUGGACCCCGGACCUCACCAACCUGAUGACCCGCCAGCUCCUGGAACCGAUCGGGACGUUCUGGAGAAACGCCGAGGACCCGGAGGAUUCGCCGCUCAAGUGUCUGGAGGCCGACAUGCAGGAGUUCGGGGAAAGGAUCGCGGAGCUGGCGAAAGUGAGGAAGGUCAUGUAUUUCCUGUUCGCGUACAAGGACGGGUCCACAGCAGCAAACCUCGACUGCACCAUCGAGUUCAUACCGGAGAAGUAACGCUGCGGGUUCAGUCUUGGUAGAAAAUGUUUAGAUUUCAGCAUAAAUUUUCCCCCUCAAACCCACUAAGCGUUUUUAAAUCUUUGUCUGCAUGUCUGUAACUACCACUAACGAUUUAUUUUAAUUAUUUCCACACUUAAAGUAUUUUGAUGUAAAACUUUGCUCAUGACAAACUCUACCUUGCUAAUUGCCGCCAUGUUGUUUUCAUCAUGCUACAUGCUACAUGUAGCUCUUCCGGAUGAUUCCUGUUACGGCAAUAAGUUACGUAGUUUGCUGAGUGUUUAUAUUUUUAAACGGAACCUUUUAACGUGGAUUUUCCAGCCCACAUCGGAUUCUGUUUGGACCGUUUCUCCUCACCGUUUUGAGAUAUCUCUGCCGCCAUCUUUUAUUCGGUCUCAAGGUCUCCGCUUAAGAAUGACCAGCGGCGCCCUCUGCUGGAUGGCGGUCGAACUACAAUACUAAAAGAAGGCCUACGCGGACUUUUUUAGUUAAAAACAAAAAACAAAGUAAAUUUUGUUUCUAAGCAGCUGGUCCUGUUUCAUGCUUUCACACCUCCUCCACUUACAACUGACAAUAAAAUAAACAAUGAGCUUAAAAAAACGAUGCCUGAUGAAAUCACUUCAUUUCUGACUUUCAGCCAAUUAUUGUGAUAUAGUCUGAAGUUAGUUUGUUCUUUAUGUUAUUCGGUGAAACAGCAGUGAAUGGAAUCUCAUGCACACUGACCUGACAGGAAACAGAUCAAUGGAGCAAAAUCAAUUUCUGAAAGCUGUUUGUUUUCACUGGGAGGGAACCGACACAAAUCCUGAUUUAUAAAAACUUGUUUUUUCCUUUAGUCUGCAUUUCUGAUGAAACUGAACUGCAAACACAAAAUAUUACCAAGUAUUUAUGUUUAGUUUUUAUUUGAA